ACUGAUAAGCAUUGACACGUCCUGAGACCAGUCGAACCCAACAUGGCAGACUUAAAAGACCAAAGUUCCGUAGCUGCGGCGGAUUAUUACCAAGUUAUAGUAGAUAACGUAAAAUUGGGCAUGACCCAUGGCUUCGCUGUAGGCAUCCUGAUCCUCGUGGGUUUGGGUAUCAAAAUCAAGUUCUUUGGCGCGAAAAACAAGCAAAAAAACAAGGCGAAGGCUCUUUUAACCUCUUUGGGUCUCCAAAGUGUGAUCCCGACCCUGAACGACUACGAGCUUUCCAUAGCGUCCCAACUCGUCAAACCAUCUGACAUUCACGUCACCUUCAAGGACGUCGCCGGUCUCGACGCCACCGUCGCCACCAUCAAAAGCAACAUCAUUUUCCCUCUAUUGACCUACCGCUUCCUCAAGAACAAGUCGCGCCACUUUGCCCCUCCCAAAGGGGUUCUCUUGUACGGUCCUCCAGGUUGCGGCAAAACCCUCCUGGCUAAAGCCACCGCCAAGGAAGCCAACGCCAGAUUCCUCAACUUGGAAAUCCCCACUCUCACCGACAAGUGGUACGGGGAAUCCCAGAAGUUCGCCCUUGCUGUGUUCACCCUCGCGCAGAAGAUCCAACCCUGUAUUAUUUUCAUUGAUGAAAUCGACACGUUCUUGAGGGCUAGGGGGACGUCGGAUCACGAGGUUACAGCUAUGGUGAAGGCGCAAUUCAUGAUGUUGUGGGACGGGCUGCUUUCGGAGGAAGACGGGGGGGUUAUAGUCAUGGGGGCUACCAAUAGGCCGUUUGACGUAGACGAGGCCAUUUUGCGUCGGAUGCCCACCAAGCUGGAAGUAUCGAAGCCCGAUUUUGCCAAGAGGAAGGCGAUUUUGGAGCUGUUUCUGGAUGGGGAGGUGUUAGUGGACGUGGAUUUGGAUAAGUUGGCGGAAAGGACGGAUGGGUCGUCUGGGAGCGAUUUGAAGGAGUUGUGUCGGAGGGGGGUUUCGGCACCUAUGAGGGAAGCUGAGGGGACGGUUUUGAGGUUUGUGGAAAAGGGGGACGAGGAGGGGUUGGAGGAGUUUUUGGGGAGUUUGAGGGGGGUGGAGUUUGACGACUUCGAGACGGCUUUGAAGAGUAUGGAAAAUGAUAACAAGUGGAGGAGUGAGCAUGAGCACUGUCAUGAUCACUAAUUGUUUAAUCAAGAUACGAUAAUGAUUUGGUGCGCAAAAUUGCGUAAGAAAGUUUCGGUGCUUCCCAUUUUUUAUCAGUAUAGUUUUUUUAGUAACAAGCUUGUUAUCAUAGUAAACGUAAUUUUCUAAGUAUUAGGAUUGCUUGAAUUCACGUGAAACUGAUCCAAUUUUUACAAGUAGAGUACUAAGAUGACUAGUGACUCUUUAAACGUUGUGCUAAAAGCUGGGGAGUAUACAGCGACAUUCGCUGCUACUGGAGGAGUAGCAUAUUUCCUGGGUUUUGGAUUCGCCACUGCGAUUGUACUUGCGGUCGGUGUGUUCGGUGCAUACAAAUUGUACCAAAUUAAUCAAGGGGGCAAAAACAAACACUCCUAAUUAUUGUUUUAGCAUUUUUCUACUAUGCCAAUAUAAAAUAAUAAAUUA